UUCAUCUUGGCGACCAGCAAAUGAUUAUCUGAUGCUAUAUCAGCUCCUCUCCUGGUUCUCACACCCUCUAUCGUCCUCCUGAACUUUGAAUUGAUGCAGAUAUGGUCAGUUUGAUUCUGCGUAGUGCAAUCCAGGGAAGUCCAUGUGGUUUUGUGAAUGCAUUUGUGUGGGAAUAUAGUGCCGCCUACGAUCAGUUUAUUGAAGGCACAUAGGUUUGCAAAUCUCUCGCAAUUUUCGUUUAUUUCUCCCAGUCAGUUCAUGUCGUCUCAUGACGACUUCGUAUCCAGUGUUGUGCAUUCCAACCGUGGCAUUUAUAUCUCUCAUCAGAAUGGUCAGGUACUUUGUUGGGCACUUCUUGACGAUCGACUGCAGCCUAUUGUAGAAUUUGUCUUCAACGUCUUCAUCGUAGUUGUUGGUAGGCGCAUAGCAUUGGAUGACGUUUAUUGUAAUGCCCUCUCUCUUUGUUUUGAAGGAGGCUUUGAUGAUUCUUGGUCCAUGAAAUUCUCAUCUUAUAAGUGCAUCUUGUGCUUGUUUGGACAACAUCAGUACAAUUCUGUGUGUAUGUGGGGCAUUUUCUUCUUUGUGGACGGUGUAUAAGAGAAGCUCCCCUCAAGCUAGUCAUUGUUGUCCAACCUGCAUCCAAUGUAUUCCACUGAUCCCGAGCACCUUUAGGUUAUAUUUCCUCAUUUCUGAAGCAAUUUGGAAGACACUCCCGGUCUCUAAUAUUGUACGAGCAUUCUACGUAGCUAAAUAAUUGUUGCUCUGGUUGUCAGAAGGGGCAUCGUCCUCGUGGCUUCCGAAGGAGCUCGGCUUUCAUCAUGAGGCGUCAUAAAUCUUCUAAAUGAGGACCUUCUGACUCCCGGCGCAAACUUUAAAUGAAUUGGAUACCUUUUUCGGGUUAAUAUAUUUUAGUGGGCUAGUUUUCUACAAGAUGGGGUCGCUAACCCCAUGGCCAACCCUUCCCCUUUAUCUGGACUUGGGACCGGCAGUAGCCCUCAGAGGAGCUACAGUCUGAGUUAUAGCCAAAGUUACAUGUCUAAUACUGAUAUGGACUCGUACGUUUUCCGCGACAUAUACAUUUUCUGGUGCAAAGUGAAGAUAAUUAAAUUUGUAUUGUAUAUCUUGAGCACUUGCAGACACUUCGAGAGGAAUUGUUCAAGCUGUAACUGACUCAAACGAAUUGAAUUCAGGCUUAACUCUCUAACUCAUUCCAACAAAAUGAAUAAAAAGUAGUAGAAUAUUCCCUCGAUACUGUUAAGAACAAACAAGCAAUAAAGAUUCCUAUUAGUUUAGUUAAGCGUUUACUUUAUAAAUAUGUAUAUAUUAUUUUUAUUAAGACCGGUACGUUUUUUUGAGGAAUGCGAUAAUAGUAGACCGGUUUCGUUGCUUUCAGAAGUGUUUGGUACCUGGUUAUAGUAUUACGUGCCGUCUAGUAUUUUUCCCUGAUAAGCCAAGUUACUAUGAAGACUGUAUACGUGUGCAUACUGAAGAUCAUGAGAAUCAGUUAAUAGUUCCAAUUUAUGCGUAUCCUGUGAUAGGCGAUUUCGAGUUUCCGGAAUUCAUUGAAUUUCCACCAACAAAUAUUGGAAAAAAGAAAACCCAUCAUAUUCCAAUUAAGUCUACUUCAACAGUCGAUUUUGAGUAUCGAAUUCAAAUUAUACACAAUCAUCCAAGUUUCACAAUACAACCAAUGAAAGGAGUUUUACAUGCUGGUCAAAUCACGGAACUCUUAAUUGAUUUUCAACCAAACAACUAUUCAACAUGUGAAUUAAAAUUCGAAUUACAUAUCGCCCAAGUAAAUUUUCAACCAAAAUGUUGUACAGUUAUUGGAAGUGCAUUACCUGGUCUAGAAAGUUCACCUCAUUCAUGUUAUGAUGAUGAUGACGAGAAUCUCUCAGAAUUACUGGAUACAAAUAAAUGUGAAAUUAGUCAAAGCUCACAUAGUCGACGAAAGAAGAAGUCAAAAUAUUCCUCACAAAUAAUAAAAAGUAUAAAAACCCCAAAAUGUGAAAAUUUACCUGAAAUCACAUGUCCACAUCAUUUAGUGAAAUUUCUUUUGGGUAGCCAUGAACAACUUGCUUCCAGCCAACGAAAUAACACAACAACAGAAGGAUUGACUAGACAGCAGAAAUUGCUAAUUUUUGAAUCGAUGGUACACCAGGAUCUUAUUGAUGAACAACGUAAUCAAGUUAGAUGGCAAUCGAAAUUAGGUGCUAAUCCACUAUCACCAGAAGAGCGUAUAAAAAUACUAGAUUCACGUGAAUUAGCUUGGAAACAAUAUUAUAGAAAAUGUACACAUCCAGAAGCCUUGGAAACUUAUAAAUAUCAGCUAUCAAUACCAACUUCAUCAGUUAACUUCAAAUCAAAUAAAGGUCAUCAUAUAUUAUCUGAAUUACGUCCAUAUCGUCCAGUGGAACCAUUCAAUAAAUCUUUAAUUACAAGAUCAGAAUUUACUAUUGAACCAAAAUUUCAUAUAGUUCAAUUUACUAAAGCAAAAUGGUUAUAUAGAUGUGAUAUGAUUGAAAAAUUUCGUUCAACAAUAUCAAGUAUUAUCAUUAAUCGAAGAAUGAUUAAACGAUUAAAAAAAUUAAAACAAGCAAUAGUCAAUGAUAAAGAAACAGUAUCAAAACAUGUCACUAACGAAAAAUACCCAUAUAAUAUUGGCAAUUCAAUUCCAUCAAUUAGGAAAUCUGAUUGUGGUACCAAAUUAUUUCAUCAUCAAGUUUGGUCAGAACGUGAUUUAUUAUGUAAUCAGAAUGUGACAAAAUCAAAUCAGACAACAAUGUUAAAUAGUAGUUCAAUUGAACCUAUACAUCUACUUCCAAUAACAUGUACAUAUAAUUAUAAUCAAUUAUUGAAAACGUUUACAACACCGAAACAUUACUGGCCAUUAUUUGAUAUGCCUAUGAUGCUAGACCAAUAUGAAAUGAGAUAUACAGAUAAAUUUGAUUUGAAUCUUGCUAUGGAUUAUGCAAAAUUAAUACCAAUGGAUAUAAAUUAUGCAGAGUUAUUACCUAUACAACAACAAAAACCACAGAAUCAAUUGUCAUCAACCUCACAGGUCAUUGGAUCUUCACUAACUUGUACUAAUGAAUCAAUGAAUGACUCAAAACUUAAAUCAACAAUAAUCAGUGAUACAUCGAAUCAGUCAACGAUACGUUUACCACAAUCUAUUCAUUCUCUAUCAAGAUCGAACAUGAACACUAGUGGAUACUCAAAUAAUCAACAUCUACCCUUAACAUUAUUAAAUCUAUCUACAUUGAAUGAUUAUUCGAAUACACUAAUCAAUUCAAUCAAUCAGUUAUAUAAACCUAAUGAUAAUAUUAUUUCUUCUAGUCUGUCUAAUUCAGACUACAUUGAUACAGUAUUAAUUAAUCUGGGUCAAACACAUGAUCAUAGUAUUCUCCGUCAAUGGAGUUCAUCAUCUAAUAUGCACAAGCCUUUAGUACCAAUAACAAAAUUAUCAUAUCCAAAAUGUCAUCAGACUUCAAAGAAUGACAAUAUUUUACAAGAAAAUGAACUAUUGAAAGGUUAUUCAUUAAAUGAUGAUGAAUCAAAGUCUAUCAAAGAACUAGUUGAACAAGAUAUUCAAGAUUGGAUCAAGCGUUUCCCAGAAAUGAAUUCGAUGUUUUCAAUGGAAAAUGAGUAUAAUGAUAACGGUGGAAAUGAAGAAAUAUUGCCUUCAUUAAAUAACAGGAAUCAUAAUAAUCCACUUUUGAAUUUGAAUAACGCACCAAUUGAAGAGUCAAAGAAAUAUCAAAAUGAAAUUUUAUCAGUGUGUAAAUUCAAAUUCUAAAAUGAUUAAUAAUUAAAAAUAAAUCCAUUCGAAUGUACAAAACGAGUAUGUAAUAUCUUACUAAACGUAUAAAUAUAUACGUCAGAAAAAGUUUGUGGAGGUUUAUUGAUUUGCAUUGAAUCAUGGAACUGAUCAAAGUUAUACCACCAUUGAAAACUCCAAAGCACUGGGCGGCCGUUUUUUCGUCUAUUAUGCGACACUUAAGACUACGCAUCCAUGACUCCUCACACGAGAAUAGGACCCAGAACUUUUAGUCUCACGCGAAAACACUUAAUCUCUAGACCAUUAAGUCGCUAUCCAACGGUAUUAGUGUCUAACUAAUUUCGCUACCUCCCUCCCUCUCUCUCUCUCUCUCUCUCU